AUGAUGAAUGGUGCAAACUUUUUCGGAUCACACUUGCCCUCAAAAACUAGAAGUUCUAAAGUAGAUGACAACUACUUAAAGGAAUUGAACGAAGAUUUAAAGCUAAGGAAGCAGGAAUUGGUAGAGAUGUUAAAACCCCUAGAAAAUAAGAACAACCUCUUAUUCCAGAAGUUAAUGUUCAACUUGGAGGAAAAACAAAGAAGUCUGCAGAUCAUGAGGCAAAUCAUGGCAGGAAAAGAGGCUGAUGAAUCCUCAGUAGUAGAGCUCAUCAGAGAAGCAGAAGAGAUGAAGCAGAACCUAGAAAAGAAAAACAAGAUGCUUCGGAAGGAAAUGGAGAUGCUUUGGAACAAGACAUUUGAAACAGAAGAAACUGGUGAUCAACAAAAAAUACCACAGAUAAAAAACAAGGCAGACUUGCAGGAUGGAAAGGCUUCCAAAUCCCCCUCAUCAUAUAGGAAGACCAGGACUGACCUAGAGAUAUCACAAACAGAGAAAGUGAAGGAGAUAAGGGAGGAAAAGCAACAGAGGAAAAUGGAAUGGGUCAGGUAUCAGGAACAAGCCAACCUCCUUCAGAAUGACUUUCAUGGAAAAGUGAUUGAGCUGAGAAUUGAAGCCUUGAAGAACUACCAGAAGGCCAAUGACCUGAAAUUAUCACUGUACUUAGAGCAGAAUUUUAAGCCAAAGCAAGCAUUUUUAAAUCUUCCUAGGUACCCAGGUACUAUGGGCAGCGCAACUACAGGCAGAGCAACCACAGUCAAAAACGAACGUAAUGUGAGAAAUCUGGAAUCGAAGACCAACACAGAGCAACAAGGAGCUAAAGGAAGUCAGUUUGAUGAUGUAGGAGGGAGGCUCUUUCUGCUGAGGUCACUGCCAGAUGAAGCUCUGAAUUUUGAGUGGGCCCCAGAACAAGAAAAGGAUCUGCAAUAUGUUCAGGCUACUGUGCAAGCUGCUCUGCCACUUGGGCCAUAUGAUCCAGCGGAUUCAAUGGUUCUUGAAGUGUCGGUGGCAGAGAUGCUGUUUGGAGUCUUUGUCAAACCCCCCACUGACCAUGACGGUGAAGCUCAAGACCACAAAACCAUGGGCCAACCAGGCGAAGAGAAGCCAGAUAUCUUCACUCAGAAAGCCCUGCCGCGAACUCUUAAGCUUUGCUUGUGA